AGCAGAUGGUGGGACCUUCCUUUCCUUUGUCGCGUCUUCUGCUUCUGGAAGUUUCUGAAACAGGGCGGCUUAAGGUGCGUGAACGAUCGGGGUGCGAAAGGAAUCUGUGUCCAUCCUGUAAGUGUGGGCCCGGCUGGGGAUCUGGAAGAUAUCUACUCCCUGCGAAAAGCCUGUGUGUUCCGUGUGGACGAAAAUAAGCCGCCAUGCCUGACGUCUUGAGCAACGCGAAAGCGUCUAACGGGAAGAACAAAGGAGGCGCCUAUGUGGACCGGGACAAGCCGGCACAGAUCCGCUUCAGCAACAUCUCGGCCGCCAAAGCUGUUGCUGAUGCCAUCAGAACCAGCCUGGGCCCCAAGGGUAUGGACAAAAUGAUUCAGGAUGGGAAAGGCGAUGUCACCAUCACCAAUGAUGGAGCCACCAUCCUGAAGCAGAUGCAGGUUCUGCACCCUGCUGCAAAAAUGCUGGUGGAACUGUCCAAAGCCCAGGACAUCGAGGCUGGAGAUGGCACAACCUCUGUGGUGGUAAUUGCUGGAGCCCUCCUUGAUGCUUGUAACAGACUGCUCCAGAAAGGUAUCCAUCCGACCACAAUCUCAGAGUCAUUCCAGAAGGCUGUGGAAAAGGGAGUUGAGGUGCUGAUGAACAUGAGUCAGCCUGUGCAGCUAAGUGACAGGGAGACGCUGCUCAACAGCGCCACCACUUCACUAUGUUCGAAGGUGGUUUCCCAGUACUCCAGCCUGCUGGCCCCCAUGAGUGUAGAUGCUGUCAUGCGAGUCAUUGACCCUGUUACGGCUACCGGCGUUGACCUACGCGACAUCAGGAUUGUCAAGAAGCUUGGAGGGACCAUUGAUGACUGUGAGCUGGUCGACGGACUGGUGCUAACUCAGAGGGUAGCGAACUCCGGCGUGUCUCGGGUAGAGAAGGCUAAGAUCGGCCUCAUCCAGUUCUGUCUCUCUCCUCCCAAGACUGAUAUGGACAAUCAGAUUGUGGUGUCGGACUAUGCGCAGAUGGACAGGGUGUUGCGGGAGGAACGAGCCUACAUUCUCAACCUCAUCAAACAGAUUAAGAAGGCUGGCUGUAAUGUGCUACUUAUUCAGAAGUCUAUUCUAAGAGAUGCACUUAGUGACCUGGCCCUGCACUUCCUAAAUAAAAUGAAGAUCAUGGUUAUAAAGGACAUUGAGAGGGAAGAUAUUGAAUUCAUUUGCAAGACUAUUGGAACCAAGCCCGUUGCCCACAUUGACCAGUUUACCCCAGAGAUGUUGGGCUCUGCAGAGUUGGUGGAGGAAGUAAAUUUGGAUGGAUCUGGAAAGCUAGUCAAGAUCACUGGCUGUGCCAGCCCUGGGAAGACUGUCAGCAUUGUGGUGCGUGGGUCUAACAAGCUGGUUAUUGAGGAAGCAGAGCGUUCCAUUCAUGAUGCCCUCUGUGUCAUCCGCUGCCUGGUGAAGAAAAGAGCUCUGAUUGCUGGUGGUGGGGCCCCUGAGAUUGAGCUGGCCCUGCGUUUGGCGGAGUUCGCCAGGACCCUUGGCGGCAUGGAGGCUUAUUGUGUUCGGGCAUACGCUGAUGCCUUGGAGAUUAUACCUUCCACUUUAGCUGAGAAUGCUGGGCUCAACCCAAUCUCCACUGUGACGGAGCUGCGCAAUCGGCAUGCCCAGGGGGAGAAGACUGCUGGGAUCAAUGUCCGCAAGGGUGGCAUCUCAAAUAUUCUGGAGGAGCUAGUGGUCCAGCCUCUCCUGGUGUCCAUCAGUGCCCUGACACUGGCCACCGAGACAGUCCGCAGCAUCCUCAAGAUUGAUGAUGUGGUGAAUACUCGAUGAAGAGUGAAGGUAGCGUAGUGAAGAAACCAGUGAGAAUAGCUCAACUUGCAUCAUGUUGCCACCCAUUAUUAUGCGAGCGAGCUUGUGAAAUGCAAUUUGCCUGUCAUCUGUACUGGUUCUGUGUUACCUUAUUUAAUAAAUAGGUUUUUUUCCAAA